AUGCCUGCCCAACGCCCGCAAAACACGGAAAAUUUUCAAUAUGUGGACCGUAUAUCGGUUGACAUGAUCCAACAGCAAGGCGUCGAGCAAUUCGAGAAACUCGUGCUACUCCACGUCGUAAUAGGUGGGAAACCGCUUGUAGUCGACGGUUUUGAGGAUGUCCUUGACCCAUGGACUUUCACUCCGGAGUGGCUCGCCGCCAAUUGCGGAGACAAGGUGGAGAAUGCGCGUAACCUGACCGCAAAGGAUAACAUUCCUCUAACUAUCGCGCAUUACCUCAAAAACAUGGGACUCCUCACGAACCAGUAUUUUGACAAGCCGGACAACUACAAGGAUAAGAACCGCCAGCGGAUAUACCUGAAGGAUAUUGAUUGCCCCCAGGUUUGGCACGAUAAGUUGAGGGAGCAUAUUCCAAGCGGUCUCUUCUAUCUGAAUGAGAGUACGGGAGAGAUCAACGGCCCAGGGUCGGUGGACGAGCCUACACCGAAUGCGCCGGGUGGUCGGAAGAAGGGCCGUGGCAUUGCGCGUGCGGGAGACCUGAUGAGCAGCCUCCCUCCGGAGAUGAGGGCUGAAAACCUGAUGUGUUACAUCGGACACGAAGGGACGUACACGCCCUCCCACAGAGAAAUGUGCGCGUCUCUGGGACAGAAUAUCAUGGUCAACGCUUCUGGAACCGUUGGCGAGGACGGCAAACCUGAAAAACCCGGCUCUUCAAUUUGGUUUAUGACGGAGACGAAGGACAGACAUACCGUUUCUGAAUAUUGGCUCUCGGUUCUGGGCCACGACAUCGAAGUCGAAAACCAUUUUGCUCAAGUUGCGGCCUGGAAGAGAGCGCCUUUCCGAACGUACGUCGUUGAACAACGACCCGGUGACUUUAUUCUGAUCCCGCCUUUGGCUCCGCAUCAGGUUUGGAACAGAGGAACGAGAACGAUGAAAGUGGCCUGGAACCGGACAACAGUCGAAACUUUGGAAAUGGCGUUCAAGGAAGCACUCCCAAAUGCACGCAUGGUGUGCCGAGACGAACAGUACAAGAACAAAGCCAUCGUCUACUACACGCUCCUAAAGUACUCGAAUCUCCUCAAGCAGGCGAAGAUGCAGAGCGAAGCCAGCGCCGAACAGACUGCCCUCCUACGGUCUAGUUCCAAGGUUCGCCAGGUACAGAAGGACUUCAAACGCCUCUUCGAGCUAUACAAGCAUAUCCUUCUAUCCGAAAUGUUCUCUCCAGACUUACCGCAAGAGCACCCAGAAUUCAUGAUUUUCGAGGGGUACGUAACUUGUGCGUACUGUCGCGGGAACAUUUUCAACAGGUUCUUGACCUGCAAAGCAUGUGUCCAUGCGUUGGGUACCGAGGCUGAGGAGCCUUACGACAUUUGCCUCGAUUGCUACGCAAUGGGUCGCAGUUGUGCAUGCAUCUCCGGGAUGCACUGGGUUGAGCAAUGGAGAUGGAAGGAUUUGCUUUACAAGUACGAGGAAUGGAGGAAACAAGUAAUCGACAUUGACAAUGGUCGCCUCCAUGAGAAGACGCCAAUGCCCCUAUCGGAAGAACGGCGCAGCUUGCAGAAGAAGACACUAGCUCAAAUCUGCCAGGAACAGCUCAAGUCGAGGCCUUUUGUUGACUACAAGAACCCGAAAGCGAAAGAGGAUGAAGAAAAGUCUGACGAGGAGAUCAUCGUAAAUGACGAUGGGACUGUCCGCCGAACCGCCAAGAAGAGGUCAAAGGCCUGGCUUGCCAACCACGCAACCUGCCACACGUGCCUACACAAACAUCCUAAGUGGAAGAUGGGGAGGUGUACCACGUGUGACCUAUGGUAUUGCUACGGUUCCCUGUUUCGCGCACAUGAUAUCAUGCCACAAACUAUCAUGGAGAACCCGAGGUGGCAAUGCCCUCACUGUCGCCGUGUUUGCAACACUGGCGCGUGCCGAAGAGAUCCACGCCAACGUCCGUACGAGCCGAAAGGGACUCUCUUGGGCCACGACACCAAGAAGGUUGCUGAUGCGCGUAGUGUUGAGGCGCUAGUCGAUUUCAGUGUCUCGAAUCUCAACUGGCUACGGGAUGAGGAUGUAGCCCCUGCAGAGUCCGCGCGACUACGGAGACGUCGCGAAGAAGCAGAUCAAGCCAAGCAAGAUCAUCCUCGAUUUGAUGAUGAGGAAGACGAUGAUCAUCAUGACCAAACUCAAAUCGAAUAUUCACCAGUUGGGGAAGACGAGAGCUUCCUGGACCCCGCACUCCGCUCCAACGAUGCAGCCUUGCCUGGGCCUUCAGCAAUGCUCGACGGUGCGAGGCCACGGAACUUGGAUUCCCCACUCGAUGAAAAUGGCCAAGGAGCUGCACCGUACUUCGAUGAAAUAGAUGGAGAUGAUUCAUCCAUGUACCCAGAGUUGGACGGCGGCGAAAGCACCGUUCAAAUCUUCCGAAGUUCAACAAAGAGAGGGUAUGCUGAUGCUGACGACCAUAUUAAGCUUGUGUCGAAGAGACAAAAGACAGACAAGCCUAAGUCGCAGGCGAAGAGCGAUGCUACUCGGCAAUUUCUCAAGAAGAAAGAGAAGGCUCAGCUGGAGCAGGCCAAGAAAGACGGUAGGUACAUCCAAGUCUGGGGUGCCAUGCGUAACCGCAGCGUCAUCGCAAAGCUUCAACUCCCUAGCGAGAAGCUUGCAGAGUUUAGGCAAAAGGACCUGGAAAAGCGCAGACGAGCACAGCUCAGUUUGGAUCCCAACGCAAGAAAUUCAGCUAUGCAUAACGUUGCGAUUAUCCAGUCUGAUGUCGCCGGGCCGAAGGGACAAGCAUCGACCGCCGCGAAUGGCGCAGUGAAGAAGUCCAAAAAGACAAGAGUAGCGCUUGAAGAUGAUGAUGAUUUUGACAUCAGGAAAGGCGAGUCCAAGAGAAAGGGACAACACGUGAAGAAGAGGUAUGAGGAAAUCGAUGUGGAUUCCGAUGAAGAUGCAGGACUCGAUUCAGAUGAAGAGUACUACGCUCCUCGCCAACGCCGACGGCGCGAGAACAACGAUGAUCUGAUACAGUUGCCGGACGAUUGGAAAGAGGGACAAGCGAAUCCUCGCCCAAACAGGCAACGCCAGUCGAUACCUGCUCGCUCCAAUGGCGCUCAGAUACGGCCUCUUGGGUCACGACGACCCCGAGCGUCUACUGGGGAUAUCCAGGUCAUUUCCGAUGACCAAAAUUCGGACACUAGCGAAGAUGAAGAUCAGCCUCAAUCGCAGCGACCGCAGCCAAUGGCGCCAAUGAACCGUGAGCCGACAACUAAUCAAGCCGACAAGCAGGCCAAAGAGCAGAUGGAGCGCGAGAAUGCAGAGGCAGAGGCUCGUCGUGCUCUCGAGGAGGAGAGCAAUCGCUUGGCAAAGAUCCAAGCUGCUCGUUGGGCGCGCGAGGAUGACGACGAGGACGAGGAAAACAACGUUGCUGAGCAGCUGGAUGGGACCAGCGAUGCGACUCCUCCAUCUUCUUCGCCUGCCAAGCGCGUGGCUAUCGCACCGAUGCAGACCAACAAGAAUCCCGUUGGCACCGCCCCUUCUGCUCCACCUCCGACCAGCAGGCCCAGCAUCUUGUCUCGUUUUGGCCCCGGUCGUGGCGGCAAGAAGAUCAAGAUCGUCUCCGCUGCCAGUAAGCGUCAAGCAUCGGCUUCUUCUUCGGCGUUGCCGGCUACGUCUGCUCUAGCCGUCAAUGGAACCGUUUCUACUACUGCUGAUCCGGUGACAACAACGACAGCGACGACAACGGAAACUUCGAUUGUAGUGACUUCGGGCUUCACGCCCGUGAACAAGCGAAAGUACAAUGUUGGCGAGCUGCGGCUCAGCGAUACAGACGAUAGCGAUGAUGGCAUCAUCCCAGCCAAGGUGACACAAGCCCUUUCGAUGAGAGGAGGAAGCAUGGCGAGGGGCAGAGGAAGAGGGAGAGGCAGGCCCAGAGGGAGAGGCGGGAAGGUCUAUUGA